AUGGAGGCGGAAGGGAAAGGGAUGGAGGUAGGGGGGAGUGGGGGAGGGAGAGUGAUGGGGGAGGGAGGCAGGGAAUGGGGAGAGAAGGAGUGAGUGGGGGAGAGAGGGCGGGAGUGGGGAGAGGGAUGGAUGGAGUGGGGGAGAUAGGGAGGUAGUGGGGAGAGGGGAGAGGGGGGAGGCAGGGAGUGGGGGAGAUGGGGAGGCAGGGAGUGAGUAGGAGGGAUUGAGUGGGGGAUAAGGCGUGGGCGGGGGAGAGGGAUGGAUGGAUGGAUGGAGUGGGGGGAGAGUGAGUGAGUGAGUGAGGGAGGGGAGAGAGAGGGGGAGUGAGUGGAGGAGGAGUGAGGGGGUGAGGGGAGAGAGAGAGGGAGGGAGUGAGGGGAGAGAGAGAGGGAGUGAGUGGAGGGGAGAGAGAGAGUGAGGGAGUGGGGAGAGAGAGAGUGAGGGAGUGGAGAGGGAGGGGGGGAGGAGAGGGAGGGAGGGAGUGGGGAGGAGAGGAGAGGGAGGGAGUGAGUGGGGAGAAGAGGAGAGGGAGGGAGUGGAGAGAGGGGAGAGAGGGAGUGGGUUAAGAGAGUGAGGGAAUGGUGUUGGGGAGGAAGAGAGUGGGGGAGGGAGGCAUUAUGCUGGGCUCAAGCAGCCGGUUAGUCAGCUAGUGGGCCUCUGAGGAGUUUUGCUCUAGCCACAGCUCGCUUGUCAGUCUUUAAAGCGGCGGCCUUUGAUUACAUAGUCCUGUUUUGAUGGUAUUUUCUGGGGUUCAGGGAUGUGGUGUCUAAAGUACAGCCAGGGAGAGCUGUCCUGUCCACUGGCUGGCUAACAAGGCUGAGAGUUCACUGUACACACACGGAUGCGCUCUCUCUUGCAUGUUUGCACACUUGCAGACACGUCUAAACUCGCACACCAUAGUUCAGUCCUCUGGCCAGCCUUCAAGCCUGAGAGCUCCCUGUAGCCCUGUAAAGGUGAAGGGAUGUUCAAACUGACAGGUUUGGCCCACAUCAGACAUACUUUACUGUGUGUACCUGCUCACACACACAUGCACUGAGAUGGGGACAAUUCUUAUCAAAGCAGGUUUUUGGUCUCGUCCUACACAAAGAACAUUACAUCAAAUUGAAAGGUGAAUAAACACUGUUCUGAGGACUGUUACAAAGAGAUCUUUCAUCCCACACUACUUGAUUAACCAAAGGUCAAUUGCUUUUUCAAACGUCCAACAGUUGACUGAGAAAAUCGCUCUCUGUACCUCAGCUAUUCUUCCCAGUCAUUAGUCCCAAUAAUGGAGAGCUGACACACUGCUCCUAGGUAAAUUACUUAACAUACAAUUUACUACACUAAUUGACUCUACUGCUGUGACGAGGAGAGUAGAAACUUUAUUUGACUUCGUCCCUGAAAACGAUAUCCAGAUGCCCCCACCCCCUCCCACAAACCUAACAGCCCGGCCCGUAGGAUUAGGGAGGAAAAGAUCCCCAACAUGAAAGCGGAGUCUUCUGACUGAUCAGCAAGACGGAUGGGCAGCAGAUCAAUCAGGUCUCAGUGAGGCAGAGGGACUUUGAAGCAGCUAGCAAACACUGCUUGGCUAAUCAAUGAAGAACUGCCCGCUUGUUAGCACCUUCAAAGACUCAUAGAAAACAAACAGUCCCUCUGGCAUCAUCAACUCCAUGUCUGCCUCACCCAGCCCUCCCUCCACUCCACUCUGCUAAACCCACCAUGCCACACACAACUCAUCUCUCCCUCUUGCUCUUAUUCUGGCUUUUGUUCUUUCUCUCACUCUCCUCGCUCUCUCUCUCUCCCUCCGUCUCUCGCACUCUCUCUCCCGCCAUGUCUCUCUCGCUCUACUUGGUUGUUGAUGAUUGCCUGCAAAUGGCUUCCUUCCUAUUUUCCACAUUAAGAGAGUGUACAGUAGUUUGUUGACGUUAAUUGUCUUUGAGUAUGGAAGCAGGGUGUUGGUACAGUAGUGGAUGACCUCAUGGAACUUCCUGUGGCAGGAACAGGAAGUUCUUUACAUGCACGAAGACCGACGCAAUAUGAAUCAAAUGCAAUAUGCCUGAUAGCCCUCUAGGCUUUGGUAUCAUUGAGAGAGCCUCUAACUCAAUUUAAACAAAAUUCAACUGCCUCAACUGCCAGGUCUAGAGUACCUCUGUGCUAUGGCCACUUCUGACUGGAUAAAUCAAUCUGCCACAUCUUCUGAUGAUGAGAGGAUAUUGUAACUGUGUAUAAAUUGCAUUGUCAGACCUUGUACAGUCGUGGUCAAAAGUUUUGAGAAUGACACAAAUAUAAAUUUUCACAAAGUCUGCUGCCUCAGUUUUUAUGAUGGCAAUUUGCAUAUACUCCAGAAUGUUAUGAAGAGUGAUCAGAUUAAUUGCAAUUCAUUGCAAAGUCCCUCUGCCAUGAAAAUGAACUUAAUCCCCCCAAAAUAUUUCCACUGCAUUUCAGCCCUGCCACAAAAGGACCAGUUGACAUCAUGUCAGUGAUUCUCUCGUUAACACAGGUGAGAGUGUUGACGAGGACAAGGCUGGAGAUCACUCAGUCAUGCUGAUUGAGGUAGAAUAACAGACUGGAAGCUUUAAAAGGAGGGUGGUGCUUGAAAUCAUUGUUAUUCCUCUGUUAACCAUGGUUACCUGCAAGGAAACAUGUGCCAUCAUCAUUGCUUUGCACAAAAAGGGCUUCACAGGCAAGGAUAUUGCUGCUAGUAAGAUUGCACCUAAAUCAACCAUUUAUCGGAUCAUCAAGAACUUCAAGGAGAGAGGUUCAAUUGUUGUGAAGAAGGCUUCAGGGCGCCCAAGAAACUCCAGCAAGCGCCAGGACUGUCUCCUAAAGUUGAUUCAGCUGCGGGAUCAGGGCACCACCAGUGCAGAGCUUGCUCAGGAAUGGCAGCAGGCAGGUGUGAGUGCAUCUGCACGCACAGUGAGGCGAAGACUUUUGGAGGAUGGCCUGGUGUCAAGAAGGGCAGCGAGGAAGCCACUUCUCUCCAGGAAAAACAUCAGGGACAGACUGAUAUUCUGCAAAAGGUACAGGGAUUGGACUGCUGAGGACUGGGGUAAAGUCAUUUUCUCUGAUGAAUCCCCUUUCCGAUUGUUUGGGGCAUCCGGAAAAAAGCUUGUCCGGAGAAGACAAGGUGAGCGCUACCAUCAGUCCUGUGUCAUACCAACAGUAAAGCAUCCUGAGACCAUUCAUGUGUGGGGUUGCUUCUCAGCGAAGGGAGUGGGCUCACUCACAAUUUUGCCUAAGAACACAGCCAUGAAUAAAGAAUGGUACCAACACAUCCUCCAAGAGCAACUUCUCCCAACCAUCCAAGAACAGUUUGGUGACGAACAAUGCCUUUUCCAGCAUGAUGGAGCACCUUGCCAUAAGGCAAAAGUGAUAACUAAGUGUCUCGGGGAACAAAACAUCGACAUUUUGGGUCCAUGGCCAGGAAACUCCCCAGACCUUAAUCCCAUUGAGAACUUGUGAUCAAUCCUCAAGAGGCGGGUGGACAAACAAAAACCCUCAAAUUCGGACAAACUCCAAGCAUUGAUUAUGCAAGAAUGGGCUGCCAUCAGUCAGGAUGUGGCCCAGAAGUUAAUUGACAGUAUGCCAGGGCAGAUUGCAGAGGUCUUGAAAAAGAAGGGUCAACACUGCAAAUAUUGACUCUUUGUGUAAACUUAAUGUAAUUGUCAAUAAAAGCCUUUGACACUUAUUGAAUGCUUGUAAUUACACUUCAGUAUACCAUAGUAACAUCUGACAAAAAUAUCUAAAAACACUGAAGCAGCAAACUUUGUGAAGACCAAUACUUGUGUCAUUCUCAAAACCUUUGACCACGACUGUAUGUAUGACGCGUGUAAGUUCAGUUCCAGAGUCCAGACUACAUACAUCAUACCCCUGGUGGUUACAGAUCCGCUAUCAGUCCUCCUCAUCUAUCUGUCCCUCUGUCUCUCUCCCUUUCUCAUUUCCGACUGUGCUAUCAAUAAAAAAUGCCCAAAGUGAUCGGCACACAGAUCUCCUUGAAAAAACAUACGUUUGUAUAUUAUGUCCACUAAUGUCCUCUCCUUCAUUCCCUCCUCACUCUCUCUCCAGGAGCAGAGCCCCAGUAACCAGACAUCUCUGGCCAUGAUGCAGGAGCCCCAGGAGAUGGUGGAGGAGACAGUCACCAUCGAGGAGGACCCUGGCACACCCACCUCCCACGUGUCUGUGGUCACCUCCGACGACGGCACCACGCGACGCACAGAAACCAAGGUACUGGGGGAAGCAACGUUGUCACACAUCACAUCACUUUAGGUAGUAGGUACCUAGGUGCUGGAGGAGAAGAAACUCAAGGCCCACGCACUAUAUUGAAACGUUUUAAUGCAACAAAUUGUUUGGGGUUCUUACAACCCUGUGAAAUGUAUGUAGCAGGUUGCUGCAGUAAAACAGCAUGAUAACUGUUUUAUGAUAACUCGGCAGCCAAAAGUUAAGGUCUCUAAGGCCUGUAAUCCUUUAGCCAGAUGCCCAGAUUUUGUCUUACAAUUUGGUUACUGUUUCAGUGUUGCUCCUACAGUAUUUUGUGUUGCGGGUUCUUUUAUCUUGAUUCCCCUCUAUUGUGUUUUGUUGUUUCUAUAUAAGGAUAUGUCAACUAACCUGAAGGUGAGUUGGAAAAAUGUCCCCCCUCAUCACUUUACUAUCAACUCACGACACCAUUUUGUGUGUGCCCAUGUCAGCCACACGCGACCACACCCCUCUGUCUCUCUUACCGCAUCACAGCCAACCCAACGCUCCACAGCUCCAGUAUUGUUACUCUUACUGUCCUUCCUAAACAUAGCUCACAGCUUUCACCCUUCAGUCAGGCCUGUUCCACGCCAUGCACACUACUGCUCCAGACAGUGUCUCAGUGCAGCGUCCUUCCGGAUGGAAUGGGGCUUCCAAAAUGGCACCAUAUUCUAUAGAGCUCUGGUCAAAAAUAGUGCACUACAUAGGGAGUAGGGUGCAAUUUGGGACGCAACCUGGGUAGAGCAGAGGUUUUCUUUUCUGAAUGUCUGGUUGUCUAGUGAGGGACCCUAGGGAGGGACCUUAGGUAGAGCUGCUGGCACACUACAGACACUACAGAGUCUGGAAUUAAACUGCCCAGCGAAUCCUUCUGUUUCACUGUGUGUGCUGCUAUCCUAUUGUAGGGGAUUGGACACAUGUACACUAAUGUGAACAGACACACACACACACACACACACACACACACACACACACACACACACACACAGCUAAAUACAACAUUAAUCAAGGGCUUGGGUUUUGAGGGAGGGAGGGUCACUGAUGUUAAGGACACAAUUCCAUAGGGAUGAGAGAGAGGAUGCUUUUUGGAAGUCAUUUUGAGGGGAAGAAGCAGAUUAAAAGACGGUUUUGACCGUUCCUUUAUAAUUGGUGUCAAAUUGAUUGGCCAGCCAGCUUGUGAUGGAAGCCUGCAUACGUGACAUUUCCAGACUCUCAUCCCUCUCUCUCUAUUGCGUUCUCUCCCUCUCUUACUCUCUCUCUUACUCUCUCUCAGCCCUCUCUCUCUCUCUCUCACUCUCUUUUUCUUAUCUGUUGAAUUGAUGUAUUAUUGGGUUCCUUUGAACAGGAGGCUCCAGCUGGCUACUUACUGCUAAUGUAUCCCCUCCAAGCACAGUGAGAUGAAACACGAGGAUUUCACACUAUUGCUUUUGGGAAAAAAAACAUGUUUUUUAAUGCUAAACACAUUUGCAAACAAGGCAAGCAGCAGUAUAAGCAGCAGCAGUAUCGGUAGCCAGCCACCACACUGAAACAGACCAAAACAAGACCUGUUAAUGUGGAGUGGCGUUAGCCGCUUAAAGGCUAUCUAACCGUUCCAGCUGUAAAGGAGAGAGUCAGUCAACUGGCUGGCUAGUAUGUGGUACAAGCUAACUGGUGAGAAGGGAAGGCACUGCAUCACACGCACACACGAAGGGAAGGGGCUUCACCAUGUCCAUCCUCCAUCUCCCUCCCAACACACUGUGCUUUUCUGUGGACAUGGUCCAGCUCCUCUCUGGCUAAAUGGUGAAUGUUGGGUGAAAUACUCACUUUUUAUUUACCUCCUUUAAAACAGUGUAUCAAAAGCAGCAGCAUUCCUUCCGUGUCCUGUGGAUGGAAGUUAAUGAGGGUUAAGGCACGCCAUAUAAACUCAUACAACACAACAGGCCUUAAUACACAACAGCACACAGGAGGGAGAAAGGUUUGAAUGGAAAGAACGAAAGCCAGUCGAUACAAAAUGCUAAACAGUAGCUUAAGUCAAUUUGAUGUGCUGUUUUUACAUUGUCAUUGUUUUGGUGCUAUUUUAUUCCUAUGUUGUUGUUGAAUGGGUUGAAUCAACAGGCUAGUCCAUGUAACAUGUAUGUUUGUGACGAGGUGUGAAUGAAGGAGUCAGGCGCAGGAGGUAAAAUACCGAAGUCCAGAGUUUAAUCCGUUUGCAUAAAUCAAACGCCCCAAGCGUCAAACGACACUGUACAAGGGAAAACAUCCACCUUGGCAACACAGUGAAAUGUAGCUCAACCGAGCUACACGCUCUCACAACAAAACAAUCACUCACAAAGACAAGGGGAACAGAGGGAACACUUAUACACAUACUAAUUAGGGGAAUGAGCACCAGGUGUGUGUGUGAUUGACAAGACAAGACAAGACAAGUGGAGUGAUGAGAAUGGGAUCGGCAGUAGCUAGUACUCCGGUGACGACGAACGCCGAAGCCUGCCCGAACCAGGAGGGGGGGCAGCCUUGGUGGAAGUCGUGACAAUGUUCAGACAACUGCCAAUGUGAUGCCCGGUACUACUUAUUGACCACCUCCGCCAUCAACACUUUCCCAUAGGUGACCAAGGUGAUCAAAACCAUCACCCGCCGCACUUACCUGCCAGUGACCAUCACCGAGACGCAGGUGGUGCCAGAAGGUUCCAUCACCACGCAGUCCAAACCCAGCACCCCGGUGCCCACCCAUUCUCCCACCCCAUCACAGACAGACACAGUAAAGAACCCAAAGGCUUUUUUUUGGCUUGAAGUGAACUCCUAACCCCUCCUGCUCGUAUCUCGCUAAACCUCCUUAACUGUUCCCACUAACUCCCAGGCAGCUGGUGUGUCCGUUUGAGCUCUCUGUCUAUAAAAGCAAAGAUUGUGAAAGUGUUACAGCACUAUAAAGACUGAGUGGGAUGCCUGCCCUCCCUCCCCUUUAACAGCCUAACAGUUGGUAAACAUAGGCCCCAGUUUGACUGCAGACACCUUUCCUUAGAGCAAGGGAGCGCAUUGCCUUAGCCACAUGGCCCUGACAAACACAUACAGACGCACAAACACACACACCAGCGUUUAGAGAUUCUCUUUUAGCCUGUUUACAGUGGUCUAUAUGGGCCUUUUCUGUAGCCCUCUCUGACGCACUAUCCCCAGCCAUGGUUAUGCUUGUUUAGCGUGUUGUGAUCUAUAGCGGAUCAGAAUUCUGUUUGAAACCUGUCUUCUAAAGAGCGAAGGCUCUUUAGAAGUCAUGUUAGUACAAAAACAUAGUGUUUGUCUAGGCUUCUCUCCCUGGCUGAGUUGGAAGACGGGCUCGUGCAAGAUGGAGGGAGUUUGGGCCACUGCAGAUUUUUAGCCUGUGGUGGAUAUACAGUAUUAGGACCAGAAUCAGGAUUGAAGAACACUGCUGUAUAGUUACGGGUAGUGGUCCUCAACCCCAGAUCUAAGAGAUAAUCUCCAAACGUCAGCACAGUGUAGGAGGCAUCAGGUCCUUUUGAGUGAAGAGACCCCGUCCCACCCUGCACCAAUUACAAUCACCACCUCCAUUUGAAAUGAAUGGCAAUAAAAGUCCCCUAAUCAAGCAGCUGAGAAGAGAAAGUCAGCCUGUUAUUUCAAGGCCAGCGGUGCGCUCAGGCUCAAGCUGUUUCAUUAAGUUUAGAAUCAGACAAAGGCUUUAUUUUUAACAUGAAAGGGAUGAUUCUGUGCGAGUUACACUCGAAGGGAGGGGAGCAGCUCUGCCAGCGUAGUGUGAAGUAGCAAACCGAUGGAUGGCAAUGAAGGGUGGUCUUUAGAUGUUACAGAUGCACCAUAAUUAUUCACUAACAUGACUGGAAAUAGACCGUUUCUUGACCGGUUUGAAUUUAAAAUACCUCACAGUUGGGAAAAGGGACAGGGUGUGAGCAAACUAAAGGCUUUGUGAAAAUGGGAUCAAGAUUUCAUUUCUCCACACUGUUCUCAAAUGUAAUGAUUGUGAAUGUUUACCAUUUAUGAUUCACAUUUUGAGACGUUUAAUACCUUAUUGAGGUUCCUAGUUGUUAUUUCAUGCCUUUGCUUAAAAUCCAGUCGAGUGGAAGUGGACACUCUCCGUGCACCUUGUCAGGCACAACACAAAUCGCAUCAGACAUGGGGCCCCUUCCAAUGACGAUUAAUUUUCAUCAAUCUCAUUAAUUUUGUAGAUUAAUUUAUAGCCGCAGACAAAAUAGCCAAUUAUCGCCACUGCAGAAUUCACUGGGCAGAAAAUUGGUUUCUGUAUCAGUGCUGAACCAGAGGCUGAGGUUAGAUGCAGGUAACCCACCCUGACUGCCAGACGGCUUCAGCACUCAGACAAGUAGGAGUGUGAUUUAGUAAGACAAGAAGCCUAUUCCCCCUCAGGAGACUGGAAAGAUUUGGCAUGGGUCCUCAGAUCCUCAAAAAGUUCUACAGCUGCACCAUUGAGAGCAUCCUGAUUGGUUGCAUCACCGCCUGGUAUGCAACUGCUCGUCCUCCGACCGCAAGGCACUACAGAGGGUAGUGCGUAUGGCCCAGUACAUCACUGGGGCCAAGCUUCCUGCCAUCCAGGACCUCUAUACCAGGCGGUGUCAGAGGAAGGCCCUCAAAAUUAUCAAAGACUCCAGCCACCCUAGUCAUAGACUGUUCUCCUGCUAACGCACGGCAAGCGGUACCGGAGCGCCAAGUCUAGGUCCAAAAGGCUUCUCAACAGCUUCUACCCCCAAGCCAUAAGACUCCUGAACAGCUAAUCAUGGCUACCCGGACUAUUUGCACCCCCACCCCAUCUUUUUACGCUGCUGCUACUCUGUUAAUUAUUUAUGCAUAGUCACUUUAAAUCUACCCACAUGUACAUAUUACGUCAACUACCUCAACUAGCCGGUGCCCCCGCACAUUGACUCUGCACCGGUACCCCCCUGUAUAUAGCCUCCCUGCUGUUAUUUUAGUUUAGUUUUCUAUUAAGAAAUAAAUGCAUUUUUUUAUUUUUAUUUUUUAUUUUUGGGGGGGGCAAUCUAAUAUUGCAGAUAGAUUGUAUCUUCUAUCAAUGUAAUUGUCUGCAUCACUUCCAAUCCCCCAUGUUUUUUAUAUAUAUACUCCCCUUUAUUACUUUUCAACCCCGCCAUCCUUUCCCUACUUGGAGUAAAUUAGUGAACACCAAUGCCCAGGCCUCUACUUCCGAUCUAUAGUUACUAUCUACACCUUAUGGACAGAGUUAAUUUUACAAUACUUAUAUUAUAUAUAUAUAUAAUUCUUUUUUUUUUUUGCUCCUGAACUACUUCUACUCUCAACCUCUCCGAUUAUUUUCAUGAUGUCCAUCCGGUUUGCUUCUAUAUGCCAUAUCUUUCUAACUGUGCUCUUUCCCAAAAGCUCCCAACAUACAACCUAUAUACUUAUUAUGGACACAGUAUGCUUACAUUAUUAGCUAUCUUUGUUAUUAUUUGUUGUUAUUUGUUAUUAGUCCCAUCCUUCAACUCUAUUCAAUACCUCCCAUCUAUCUCUUAACACCAUCCAUAUAGGAUUUCUAUUUGCCAUAUAUAUUUCAACCGUACUGUGAUGUUUUACAAAAGUUCUGAACAUUUCUAUUCUCAUUGCUUCUACAGAUUGUGAAUUAAAAAUGAAAAUUUUUGCUAAAAGUAUUAUUAUAUUAUUGAUUGAUUGACUAUGACUUUUCAGAUCACCCAGUAAUGCUAUCUGCAAGGUUAGCUCCAGGUAAAUAUUGCAAUCCUUUAGCCAUUCCUGGACCUUUGUCCAAAAACAAGCUACAAAUGGACAGAACCAAAACAAGUGAUCUAAUGAUUCUGUCUCUUCACAGCAAAAUCUGCAGAGCUGGGAAGAUUGUAUCCCCCAUAUAAAUAACAUUCUAUUGGUAGCAAGAAUUUUAUAUAAUAAUUUAAAUUGAAAGAUUCUAAUUUUUUAAUCCGGUGUCGUUUUGCGUGUCAGUUCAUAAACACUAUGCCAUGGGAUCGGUACGUCAAAGAUCUCUUCCCAACUAUUUUGCAAUCUAUAUGGGACGGCUGUCAAUCCUUUGGUCCUUAAGUGAAACUGAUAUACUUUCUUAUUUAUCACAGUUUUCCUUAACCAAUUAUGUUCUUUAAUGCAAGGCCGACAGACAAGUUCCUUACUUUCUCCCCCUUCCACUUUCCUCUUCCACUUUUGCGGUAAGGCUGCAAUUAUUUGGUUGUAAUUUUGGGUAGAGCAGACAUUUCCAUAUGUUUUUGUUAGCUGCAUGUGCGACAUAACUCCACCAGUCCUACCGAUGAUAUAAUUUACGAAGAUUAUACCUUUUUUAAACAUUCUGUCAAAAAAUAAAGGUUUUUUGUCAAUUAGUAUAUUUGAAUUUAACCACAAUAUUUGUUGCAUUAUUUGUUCUGUCGUUUCUGGAGGAUUAAAUUGAAAUUGCAACCAACUUUCUAUGGCUUGUUUUAGAAAUAGUGAUAUUUGGAAGAUUAUUUCCUUUUCAAAUAACUGCAAAUGAGUUGUUGUAAUCUGAAUAAAGGGAAAAAGGCCUUUCUUGAACAUUGGGUGAGACAAUCUUACUAAUUUGCUUGAGAACCAGUUCGGGUUUAAGUAUAACUUUUGUAUGACUGAAGCUUUUAGUGAUAGGUCUAAUGCUUUAAUAUUUAAUAAUUUCUGUCCUCCGAAUUCAUAUUCAUUAUAUAAAUAUGCCCUUUUAAUAUUGUCUGGCUUGCCGUUCCAAAUAAAAUUUAAUAUUUUUUUCUCAUAUAAUUUAAAAAACUGUUCGCUAGGCGUAGGCAAGACCAUAAGCAAAUAGGUAAACUGGGAUAAUACUAAAGAGUUAAUCAGGGUGAUUUUUCCACAAAUUGACAGGUAUUUUCCUUUCCAUGGUAGUAAGAUCUUAUCUAUUUUUGCUAACUUUCUAUUAACAUUUAUUGAAGUGAGAUCAUUUAUUUCCUUUGGGAUAUGUAUUCCGAGUAUAUCCACAUCACCAUCAGACCAUUGUAUUGGUAAACUACAUGGUAAUGUAAAUUUUUAAUUUUUUAGUGAUCCAAUACGUAAUAUAGUACAUUUGUCAUAAUUUGGUUGUAAUCCAGAGAGGUUAGAAAAUGUAUCUAGAUCCUCUAUGAGGCUGUGGAGGGAUUCUAGUUGUGGAUUUAAAAGAAAACAUGAAUCAUCAGCGUACAAUGACACCUUUGUUUUUAAGCCCUGUAUUUCUAAUCCUCUGAUAUUAUUAUUGGAUCUGAUUUUAAUAGCUAACAUCUCGAUGGCCACAAUAAAUAGAUAUGCCGAUAGUGGACAACCUUGUUUCAUUCCUCUUGACAGUUAAAAACUUUCUGAGAAAAGCCUUUAUUUACUAUUUUACACCUAGGGUUACUAUACAUGAUUUUGACCCAUUUUAUAAGAGAUUCUCCAAAAUUGAAAUGCUCCAGGCAUUUAUAUAUAAACCCCAGUCGAAUUUUAUCAAAUGCCUUUUCGAAGUCUGCUAUGAAUAGCAGGCCUGGUUUCCCAUAUUUUCCAUAGUGUUCUAUUGUUUCCAAUACUUGCCUUAUAUUAUCUCCAAUGUAUCUUUCAUGUAAAAAACCUGUCUGAUUAGAAUGAAUAAUAUCCGACAAUACCUUUUUAAUAAAUGCAUUGUUGGUUAAGGGCUGUAAGUAAGCAUUUCACAGUAAUGUCUACACCUGUUGUAUUCGGCGCAUGUGGCAAAUAAAAUUUGAUUUGAUGUAUCGAUAUAUUUAUAUAGAGACAGUUUACUAGUGCUCUAUAAGACAGUCAGUUACCAGUUAUGACUGUCUCCUUCCCAAAUGGCACCCUAUUCAAUAUGUGGGGGGGAGACAUGUCACAGAAACUCAACCUUACUUCCAACAUGUUUUUUUCUAAUAGAAAUGGAUGAAAGGAAAUUGUACGACCCUUUCUCCUCACAGAGUUUCCCAAUGCAUGACCUUUGACCUGUUAUUGACAGUGCCUGCCUGCAGUGUCACUCUUUAAAGGAACAAUGUUGUCCUCAUCUCAUUCCUCAGCCUCUCACUGUGUGGCAUCGGCAUCUCACUGGCCUGUCUGUGAUUCAACAGGCUGCAUCAGUGUGCUGUGUCUCAGUCCUAACCGCCUGUAUCUCACUGGGUUUAUCUGUAGGUAACCUCUUCCCCAGACUCACUUACUACUAUAUAGAGAGAGCUGUCUGGGGACGGGAUUAAUCUGUAGUCUGUCUGUCUGUCUGUCUGGUGGGACACCUGAACAUACUGUUAAGUACAGUCAUGUCAGGGUGAUCAGAAUGCUUCAACAUUGUCCUCAUCAACAGUUGGUCAUGGUGUGGCCCAUACACACAAUACAAACUUCCAGGAUUGGGUAGUAACUGAUUAACUUCUGAUUAUGUAAUCAGUUUAACUCUGUCUUUGUUACCUCCUCUCCUCCUCAAGGUGACGAAGAUGGUGAAGACGGUGACCACGCGGACGGUUCGCCAGGUGCCCCUGGGCCCCGACGGCCUGCCCCUGCCCGAGGGCUCCUCCCCGCUGGGCAGCUACACAGACUCCAUCGACCGGCGCUACCUGAAGAACGGUGAGCGCUACAUCACCACGCCACAGGCCACCUCCACACUCACGCGCUCCUACAACAACUACAACGACUCCUACACCGACACGCUCCCCCCCGAUGCCGGUGGGAGCCAGUACGGUGGGCGCCACUAUGGCGUCCACGACGGCUACGGGAUCGGAGACGUGACCGACAACUACGGCAGCCUGUCGCGUGGCGUCAACUUCCGGCCACCCCGCUACCCCUACGCCAUGGCGAACAGCUACCGGACGGAGAACAGCUACGGGACCUUACCCAUUCGGAAGGAUGACUACGGCCACGUGGCCCAGCCUCAGGUGCCCAUGGGCAGCAGCAGUGUGGACCUGAACCGGUCCCAGCCAGAACGCUUCCAGCCAGAGCCCUACGGACUGGAGGACGACCGCCGCAGCCUGGGCCCUGAGGAGGAGGAGCCCUAUGACCUGGACCCUGACUACUCCAUCGCCAGCCGACGCCAAGGCACACUGCCUGGCACCAACCGCGGCAGGACCAUGAGAGAGCCGCUCCGCGAUGGGCCACGCGUCAGGUGA